CACACUCGGGUGUUGUGUUUAAUUUGAUUUAAGAUAUUCAUAUUAUUAUGGAAUAUGACUAUGAAGAGCCAGUGGAAAAGAGAUUUGAAGACCUAUGUCAAGAUUUAUGCAUAGAUGGAAACGUUAGAGAAGAAGCCUGGGAAAAGUACAAAGAUGUCUGGGCAAAUUAUUCAAUUGAUGGCGAUCAAAUCCAGUGGCUAGUAUGCUCAUUAUACGAGUGCUGUCGGCGCUCAACAGCAGAUGGAAUGUCAGGGAAUGUUGAAAACGCCUACGUUUCAUUGUCACGUUUGCUGUCUACGGCUAAAAUGAGCAUGGUUCAAUUCUUUCAUCGCGUUAGGAAAUGGGCUGACAUGACUGAUAUGGCAGAUGAGAUGAGAGACCGUCUCGAACUACUGGAGCGUCAAUUUUCUGUUUCGUCCGUAGUUUUCCGCAAUUUCGGUCGGUCAUUUGGUGUCCUAUUUUCCGACACGGAUUAUGAAACUAGUCAAACGCAUCCUACGGGUUCAGAUUUAUUCCGAUUGACGUGGCUAUUAUUCAUAAAGUCUCGAGCGAGUUUUCCAGCAGUCACAGAUGAUUUGGUUAACUCCUACCACUUAUUGGCGUGUUGUUUAGACUGGGUGUUAGGAGCAACUAUGGUUUCCAGAAGACGUGAUUUAAUCAAUAUGGAACAAAAUGGUUUGCCCAGGGAUUUUUUAAAUGCGGUCGCUCAAAACAAAACCUGGUGUCCACCGCAUGAUCAACCGACCUGUAUGCUACGUCCAAUAUGUGAGGAUAACGAUGUUAAUUAUGUUGAGUGUAAAACUGUGAAACAACACUUCUUCCAAAGGUUCACGGCACGAUUAAUCGAAAAAGAGUUAAUAAAAAUUCAUCCCUCGGUUCUUGGAAGUUUAUUAGAACCGGAAAAUUUUGAAGCAACACUACAAAAUUUAAAUAAUAAUUAUGAAGAAUACAUUAUUGGAACUGGAGAUUUCGAUGAACGUAUUUAUCUUAAUCCGAAUGCAGCUGAAGAGAUUGGAUCAAUUGGAGAAAGUUGUGUACAAUCGGAAUUUCAUUUACCUGCAGGCUUAACACCAUCUGCACGUAGAUAUAUGCUUGAGGUGAGUAAUUCAGGUUUUGGUGGCUUCACUGAAACUACACGACGUGGUAAUGCCAAUGCUGGAACUAUCAGCCGUCUUAAUGGAGGUGUUAAUUUCAGCAAUCCUGAGGCGAGAAGUCAAAAUCUCAAUCAAUUACAAAUCUUAUUAAAUGGUCGAAAUAAAGAGCCAAGUGAAGCCUUAGCUGAUCUUAUUAAAGCGCAUUGUUCAACCUCACCCCUUCCUGUAAUCCGUCAACGGCUUGAAGACCUGGGUGUACAAUUUCAACGUGCCUAUGCUGGAUUAAAAACUACAACAACAACUACUACUACUAGUAGUGGAGUGACAGUGACAGUGACACCGACGUCAACAGCAACCAGUUUAGCUGUUUCUGCUGCACAACAACGUUUACAGCUAUGCUAUCCACUUUACUAUCUGGCUUUAGAGCGUAUUUUGAUGGAUGAAAUUCGUAGGAUUGAAAAACGACUCGAUGGUGUCACUCCGUUGUCUAGUUCUUCAAACAAUACUACCAUUACUACUACUACUACUAGUAGUAGUUCAAAUCAAACACGUCGUGUACGUCCUGAUCUUGGACCACUGCUAUCACAAGAUACUUUUCAUCGUGCUUUGUUCACUUGUUGUAUGGAAAUAGUUCUGUUAAGUUGCGACCCUCCAAAUCAUCAUUUCCCUUGGAUUUUACAAGCUUUAAAUUUGGAUUCAUUGCAUUUCUUCAAGGUAAUUGAAGUUGUCAUUCGUAAUAUGGAUCUCCCACGAGAUAUUGUAAAGUAUAUGAAUCAAGUUGUUGAGCAUAUUUUAGACACAUAUGCAUGGCGAUCUACUUCACCGAUAUGGUCUGUACUUAAGGCAACAGGUCGAGCUCCGUCUAUUGAAGAAGUUAUACCGCCUGAAAAACUUGAUCAAGGUUCUAACAAUUUUUACACACGCAACUCUGUUGUUGUAUCUACCAAUCAAAAAGUUAUAAAUCCAACUUGUGUGUUGCCAACUAAAGCCAUAAAGUUAUCACCACCAUCCUCUGAGACUAAACCACAACAACAACAACACCAACAACCACGUUUAACAGGUAUUAUUACUACAAUACCACUAAGUCAACAACAACAACAACAGCAACGACAAACUUCUACUAUCCAUCGAUUAUUAUCCUCUGGUGUUGAAGAUGAAUCCGCCCAAGCUGCAGCUCAACUACUGGCCAGUGGAGCUACUGAUGACAAUAAUUCACAAAGUAAUCUAGACUCUGGUCUUCUUGGAACAGCUACUGAUGAUGUUGUUGGUGUUGGUGUUGGUGGUGGUGGUAUGAAUCAGGAUAAUACUACAAGCGUAGAUAUCAAACAUAUCCCAGAACAACUUGUAGAUGAUUAUAUUGUUAACAAUGCUACAGUUUCUAUAACAACCACUACAACAGAUUCAACCAAUAGUAGUAGUAGUACUACAAUAUCCAUUCCAUGGUCAUCGUCUUCUGCUGCUGCCGGUGGCGGUGGUGUCGGCAGUAUACAACUAAUCUAGCCAGUUACUUCCCUACACGUCAUGAUUCAAUUGCUAUAUUCUUUCGACAAUUAUAUCAGAUAGCUAGUUUACGCUUAAGAGAUCUAUGCGAACGUUUAAAUCUUACACGUGAACUUAUGGCAAAAAUUUGGACUUGUGUAGAACAAGUCAUAGUUCAUGAAACUGAACUACUCAGAGAUCGAUGUUUAGAUCAGAUUAUAAUGUGUUGUUUAUAUGGGAUAUGCAAGAUUGUGCUUUAUCGACCAUUGACAUUUGUUGAUAUAGUUCAUGUUUAUAGAUUACAACCUCAAUCCUUUCGAGAUGUCUACCGUCGAGUACUCAUAAAUCGAGUAUCAUAUGGUCGUGGUAGUACAGAAGAACGUGGUGAUCUGUCUCAAUUCUACAAUAUCAUUUUCUUACAACAAAUGAAAGAGUUUAUUAAAAAGGCGGCAGCUGUACGCUCUACCUAUAAUGAAAUGGAUCCUAAUAGUAAUGCUAGUCACCACCAGCCAGGCCAAUCAUUCGGUAGUAGUAGUGAUUCACAAUCAAAUGAUGGUGGUAAUUCUGUCCUAAAUCAAUGGACACUUCAUCCAUCCUUAUCACCGAUGCCUGUACAAAUGAAUAUUUUAGCGUCAUCAAAUUCUGCAUCACCUGUCAAUCUAAGAGUUGAUGCUGGUGCUGCAGCUACAUCAGGCGAUAUGAUGCAAGCAAGACGUUUAGCCAGUAAUCGUAAUAUCUUUAUCAGUCCAGUGAAACAACAAGUGAAUUUAUCCCCGAAAAAAGUUAUCUUCACUAUUGGUCGUAGUACUGGUAAAGAUUUGCAAGACGUGAACUUAAUGAUUAGUUCAGCAGAACGUCGUGCAUCCAUGGCUAAUUUAACAAUGGGUCUUAAACGUCCACUUGGCAGUAUUGUUGCUGGUCUUGGUGGUGGUGGUGGUCCACCUACAUCAUCAUUUCUUACAAAUACAUCGGCAUUUACUGUCACCUCAGCGACAGGCGCCCCAAGGACAGUAACACUUGUUGGACCAGGUGGAUUUACAGCGAAACGUAUAAAUUUCAAUGCAUAAAAAACAAAAAGCCGGCGACACAAUUCCAAUUUUCACUCAUCCCUCCCCCCGUUUUAAAUUCUUCUUGCCUUUUGUAUUCCCAUGAAUAAUAAUAAUAGUCAUUAAUCAUUGUUCAUUAUCAUCUUCAUCGCUAUCUAUAUCUCUAUUCAUUGAUAAUAUUGUAAAAAUAUUUAUAUAAAUAUAUGUAUAUUUCUUCUUUUUUAAAAUAAAAGGCAGAAUACAAGUAAAUAAAGUAAUAAUAAAGCCUUAUUUUCUAUAAAACAUUUUAUUCUUUCAAUGCAGAAAUAAUGGUAAUAAUAAUAAUAAUAAUGCACGGUUCUUGUACAUAAGGAGAAAUAGUAUUAUAAUAAUAGAAAUAAUAACAAUAAUAAUAAUA